CAUACCACUCAAUUACAGUUGUUUGCUUUUGUUGCUGCGAUCUUGAAGUGCUUUUAGCUGAUAUUCGACAAUAUGCUUAAUAACAUUGCCAAUUUUGCCAAUUACUGGUGGUUUCGCUAUCUAAUGGUGACUGAGCUCUAUGUAGUCGAAAAAUGGGAGCGUGUAACAAUACACGCCAUAUUUAUGAUUCUGUUCUGCGUGUUCUGGUACUUCAACUACUCUGUGCUGCUUUCUUUGACUGGAAAUCUAUUUAAGUACACGCCGAUUGGAAACAUUUUGCCUGCUGUGCCACAAACUGCGGGCAUCAAAGUCACAUAAAAGUAUUUGGAAGUUAAUACACUUUCUACAAAUAUUAGAGCGCUUCGAUGUCCAAUUUAACUACAGAGCGAAUACAUAAUAUAUA